AUGGUCCUCUCGGACCAUGGCCGUUGCCUCUCAGCUGCGGCCUCUGCGAACUCGAUCUCGGAAGAGUGCAACCCGCUGCACGUGGCCUGCGGCAGCUUGCAGGGCUGCAAUCAGUGCUGGUUGCUGCAGCGGGCCACGCAGAACAACACCUUCACAGGGUGGAAGCUGAAGACCGCCUGUGGCGGCCUGAGCUCACCGAAAGAACUCAAGGACAUGGGAGCCUUAAAGGUGCCCAAGUUCGUCACGCGCGAAGCCGACGGCACCCUGAAGUUCACCGAGGAGUACGACACGCAGCAGGAUCGGCAGAUCUGGAACCUGACCGAGGCGGACGUGGCGAAAAUGGACCCCGAGGAGUUGGCGGCCCAGGUGCCAAAGAAGCCCUUCAUGCUCCAGAACCUCGCUUCCAAACGCUUCCUGCUGCAGGAGAAGCCCCCCCUGGACGAAGAGGCAGCGAAGACCGAUCCGCUGAAUAGCAAUAUGGCAAGUUUGCCGAACAAGGAAAAGAUGCCUGAGCCCUUCAAGAAUGAUACUGAGAGUGGCCAUGCUCUCACGAUCAUACAGAAGAAGCAAUGGAGGCGUGCUUUUUGGCAAGGAGUUGAGAAAGCUGGAAGUACCUACUUGCAAGGCGAGAUGAUGCGUGCUGAUGGACAAAGUGUGCCAACAUUCAAUUAUCUCUCCGCCAAUCCGGACAAGGGCUUUGACAUGAUCAAACACCUGCGGGCUGAAGAUCUCUCCGAUGAUUGCAACGACCGAUGGAGCUUCGUGCACCAGGGCCGGGGCUACGAGAUUAAGACGGAUUGCGAGAAGGCCAAGUAUUUGGUGGCUGAGAACAAUGGAGAUGGCCCGGUCACCUUUCAUGAUAGUCCAUAUCCGGGACCGGAAGGCAAGUGGAACCUCAUCUUCGCCAAGGCUCCGCCUCCCGAGCCACCUGCCAAUGAGGAGGUAGAGCCACCCGCAGCAACGCUGCCCAAAGAGGUGCCCAUUGAAGUGGAGGAAGAAGCAGUCAAGGUGGGCGCCAAGGGAAGGAUUUGGUCCUCGCGAGAUGGGGAGGACUUGGAUGAUGGUGUAUCUUUUGUCCUCAAUCUGGGCCCAGCCGCAUCCAAAGCCUUGGAAGAUGCUGCGACAACUUCGGGAGCACAGAACCUGCAGCCUUGGUUUCAAUACGGGGCUAUGCCAGAAGAGAGGCUGCGGGCCGCCCAGAGCCCUUUCUUCGAGGGCCUAGCGUGGUCCGCUGCCGCAGUGGCUGGCCUAGCGUCGGUCCGCAGGGCAGUGCGGGCCAUGGCGGGAAGGGCUUGGGAUGGCGGUCAUCAGAUCAAGAUGGCGGCCAUGGGACGCCUGAUUCUCCGCGCUGUACCGGGCGCGCAUGGCGGGAACGCCAUGGGGAUGCAGCAACAGCAGCCGGACAUGGCCCCCAAGGUGAAUGCCUUCCGCAACUUCUGCCUCCAGAUUGUGGAUCAACUUUGCAUCGAGUUUGAGCGUGAGGUCACGCAGAUGUCCAAGGACAUCCUGCUGUACCGUGGGGAGUUGGCUCGUUGCGCCGAUUUGUUGGCAUUCCAACUAGGCAAAGAGAAGGAGUAUCACAACAUGUUGGAGAACAUCGCGGGGAACAGCAACAUGCUGGCCGGCAAAGCGGCCGAGGUGGGUCAGAAGCAUGGCGCCCACGACGUCACAAAGCAGCAGAUGCAUCAAUUGCUGGAGGAGAUGUUCGCAGGUGGAAAGGGCGCGCUGGCGGACAGCUUCGGAGGCCUGGAUGAACAUCGUCAGCUGGCCGAAAAGCACUUGAUGAGCUCCGCCGAACUCCAGAACCAAUCGCAGGCCGUGGCCAAGGAGUUGGAUAACAUUCUGCAGACGCUCAACCAGCCACCAGUGUCCUACCGCGAUGCACCUGUGAUGAUGGGACCUUCGCAGAUGCAAGGCCCUUCGAGGCCUCAAAGCUUUGGUGGGCCGCCCAUGGGAGGGAUGGCCUUGCCGAAUGGGCCACGCUUCAACCUGCCGAAUGCACCCUCGCCGGGGGGUUCGCCGCAAUACUCCCCGCCAGGCCGUGGCGCUGGCAUGGGCACCAUGCCCCGCCGCGGCGGAGGGAUGGGCAGCCCGGGCGGGCAACUGGCCUGA